AUGGUGAAUGUGAUCAUCCAGUAUACAGAUAUCUGGAGUUUUGAUAUGGUGACCUGGCAUUUUGUUGCUGCAAAUACUCUAAUUAGUGGCCGGGACCCCGAAACCAAUAAACACCAUGAUAGGCAGUUUAUUGCAGAACUAGGGGCCGUACAGCCAUGCAGGCCCGCCACCACCUGGGCUUAUGCACCGGAGCAGAGUGUGUCCAAUAUUCUGGGACAAAAGUGCAAGCAUGUGAAGCAUUUUAAGGAGCACUGGUUCGAAGAGGAGGAGGAUGAGCAAGGGCCCAGCUCUCAGGGAGAUAUUUUCCUGAAGGUUGGGAAACCUCAAAAUGCUUAG